AUGUUUCUUCUUCUACUACUGUUACUUGUAUCAAAAUGUGAUGGUCAUUUGUUUCGAUAUCAGCGACAUCAACCAUAUGCUCCACCGCCAUCCGACAGGUAUCGUGUCUCACCUAAAACGGGUGUACGUAUUGCUUUACCCACACCUGAACAACUUCAAUGGCAAGCACAAGAAAUAGGUGUUUUAAUUCAUUUUAAUAUAGCGACAUACAUAAACAAUGAUGGAUGUUCUGGACAAUCUGUUCCAAAUAUUUCUUUAUUCAAUCCAUAUCUGUUAAAUACAGACAAUUGGGUUCAAACUAUGGUUGAUUUCGGUGCUAAAUAUGCUGUACUUGUGGCAAAACAUGCUUGCGGUUUUCAUAUGGCUCCAACUGAUGUCAAAUUUCCUUUGAGUCCUUCUGGUCAAAUGAUUCCAUAUAAUUAUUCAAUUAAUUAUUCACCAAUGAAAGGCGUUGAUGUUCUUGACAAUUUCGUUAAGAGUUGUGAGAAGAAACAAAUCCGAACAGGAUUUUAUUAUACAGUUGUUGAUAACAAUUGGUUGAAUGUAGAAGAUGGUUUAGUUCAAAACCGUACAUUACAACCAGGUCAGGUUAAUAUUACACAAGAAACUUAUGACAGUAUUGUGUUACAACAAUUAAGAGAAAUUUGGAGUAGAUAUGGCAUUUUGGAUGAAAUUUGGUUUGAUGGAGGAUAUACAUCGACAUUAAAAAAUCCAAUAACUACAUUACUUGCCAAUCUUCAACCUCAAGCUGUAGCAUUCAAUGGUUAUGGUGUAUCACCAAAUCCUGUUCGAUGGAUUGGUACUGAAAUGGGUGUUGCACCUGAUCCAAAUUGGUCAACAGGAAUAACUAAUGAUGGUGGUGAUCCAAAUAGUCCAAUAUUUUGUCCAGGUGAAUGUGAUACAACUCUUCAAAAUGGAGAUCGAUGGUUUUGGGGUGUUAAUGCAACACUUCGUUCACUUUCUGAAUUAAUUCAAGUUUAUCAUGAAACAGUUGGUCGAAAUUGUAUGUUGAUGCUUGAUCUUACUCCUGAUCGAACAGGUCUCAUUCCAUCUGCUUAUGCACGUCGUUAUAAGCAAUUAGGUGAUUUUAUUCGUUCAUGUUAUGGAACAUAUGUUCUACCUACAGAAAAUCUUACUCUAGAAGAUUCAACUAUAUAUAUUCAAUUAUUUGGUUCAUCACCAGUUACAGUUGAUCGUUCAGUUAUUCAAGAAGAUCAAACUCGUGGUCAAGUUAUUCGAGCAUAUACUAUUGAUGUUCAAUUCGUCAAUACAACAAAUAGUACUCAAUGGAUCACAGUAGCACAAGGUACAAGUAUUGGUAAUAAGAAAAUUGAUAUUUGGCAAGAAGGACCACAACUGAUUAAUGCUGUUCGAUUAACUAUUACAAAAACAGUUGAUAGGCCUGUGUUAAGAUCAUUUACUGUUCAUUUGUGUACUUAA